CCAUGGGGAUCUCGCCGUCGCCGACCGACCGCGCCGCCGCUCCGGCCAGGCUGCCGCCGGUGCGGUACUACGUGCCGGCCGUCUGGGAGAUAAAGCGUGAGGAGGACCCCGUCCACGACCCAGACUCCCCGCAGUCCCCGAGCCAGAUCGGCGACGACGUGCCGCCGCUGGUGUUCCCCAACCCCAACCCCUCCCCCUCCUGGCUAUCCCGCCGGACGGCGUUCGAGCGCCACCUUCCCGCCACCCACGACGAGCCGCCGCCGUCGCCGCCGCCGCCGGAAGAACAACCCGCGCGGCGCCCGGAGGACGAGGACCCGGACCUGUACUUCUGCCUCAAAGACCCCAACGACCCCGAGUGCGUGCGCCGGUGCCACGAGGUCCAGAGCAAGCGGUACGCCGUGCACGCGCUGCGGGGCUACAACGCCGACUCUGGCAACGGCGUCAAGUACGAGCUGGUCGAGGGCAGCGCCAGGAGCAACAGCAUCCUGCUCGACUGCGCCGAGAUCCUCGGCCACGUGGUCUUCACCGCCAGGCCUGCCGCCGCCGGCGGUGGACGGGAUCGGACCUUCUUCGGCGAGGUUCGCAUGCCGGACCAUGCCCUCGCCUGCAUGAUUUCGUUGGACGACGACAGAGACUGCUACUACCGAGGGGCGGCUGCCAACGACGACGAGCUGUGCCAGUUCUGUAGAAAGGACCUCAGGCACCCGGAGGUGCAUCCGGAGAUCAGGAGACCACCUCGUGGGACGUCGGCGACGGAAACAAUCAUGGAUUGCGAUUGAUUUUAGAGAUUAACGCCCUAUUGAUCCCUCUAGGAUAGAUCGACCGAAAGAAAUACUGCACUAGCUACUUGAUUAUCAAUGUAAACUGCCGGCUACAAGCAGUUUAAUUCCUUCAACGAGAGGGAUGUGUAGAAGUCAGAUGAAAACACACGAACAAAUUAUCCGUGGGAAGAGCAAUCAGAGGGUCGGAAUGGCGCACAGACUAAUUACUAACUCUCUGAAGAGAGUCGGAGGCUCCGGAUGAAGUGUGGUUGGAACUUGGAGGGUUUGAAC